UCAUGUUUCAUUAUCUAACAAAACAAGCAAGUGAUCACAUAUUCACGUGAAACGACACUUUUACAAAUACCAACCAUUCUUCUUUUGUCAGCAAAUAAAAAAAUAAAAUAAAAAACUUGAUGAUAAAGGAUAAUUCAGUAAAACGCCAGUUUGUUUAUAUUUCGUGGAUUUCUCCGACCAAAAAACCCGUAAAAAAAAAAAAAAUCGAAACGACGAAAAUCUGAAACUAACCAAACUAAAAUCCGUUAGCCGCACCGGCACAGUCCGAUGGCGGAUCUUCCGUCGGAAGUAAUCACCGAAAUCCUCUCAAGAAUUCCAGUAAAACCCCUACUCCGCCUCCGCUGCACGUGCAAACUAUGGCGUUCCCUUAUCGACAGCACCGACUUCAUUUUCUUCCACCUAACCAAAUCAAAAGAUUCCAAUAUCAUUCUCCGGCAACACUCUCGUCUCUACGAAUUGGACUUAAACUCCAUGGAUAGAGUAAAAGAACUUAACCAUCCUCUCAUGUGUUACAGUAACCGCAUCAAGAUUUUAGGUUCAUGUAACGGCCUUCUCUGCAUCUGUAACAUCGCCGACGAUAUCGCUUUCUGGAACCCUUCGAUUCGCAAGCAUCGGAUUAUUCCAUCUGCGCCACUCAUACGAAAAGAUAAAAACAGCGACGAAAACACGAACGCCAAUUCAAACGCCGCCGUAACUACUCUCUUAGCCGCACGCGUUUAUGGAUUCGGUUACGAUUCGUUCUCCGACGACUAUAAAUUGGUUAGCAUUUCGUAUUUCGUGGAUCUUCAUAAUCGUAGCUUCGAUUCGCAGGUUAGGGUUUAUACUAUGAGAACCGAUGUUUGGAAAAACGUUCCGAGUAUGCCUUAUGCUUUAUGCUGUGGUAGAACCAUGGGGGUUUUCGUUUCCGGUUCGAUUCAUUGGGUUGUGACUCGGAAUGUUGAACCGGAUCAGUCUGAUUUAAUAGUUGCUUUUGAUUUACGGUUUGAGAUCUUCCGGGAAAUUGAACUUCCGACGACGGUCGAUGGAAAAUUCGAAAUGGAAGUGGCAGUGUUCGGAGGGUUGCUUUGUGUGAUUGAGAAUAGAGGUAGUGAGGGUUUUAAUGUUUGGGUAAUGAGAGAGUAUGGAUCAGGUGACUCGUGGUGUAAAUUGUUUACGGUGGAACAACCACGUGAUGUGAAAUUGAUAAAAUGUUUGAAGCCUUUGGGUUAUUCGAGAGAUGGUGAUAAGGUUCUGUUUGAGCAAGAUCGUGGGAAGCUAUGUUGGUAUAACCUUCAAAGUAAAGAACUGAGUUGGGUUAGAAUUUCAGGAAUGUCUAAAUCUGUUGAAGGAGUCGUUUGUGUUGGAAGCCUUGUUCCUCCUAAUUUAAUGAAUCGAAGUGUUCAUAGCAAGAUACAAAAACUUGGGGAGGAAAAGAAGAAUAAGAAGAAAAGGGACGACUUCCUGUCCAAAGGAUUCAAGUUAACAUUGUAAACGAGGACAAGAAGAGAAGAGAGAAUGGGUUGAAGAGAAACGAAGGUGCUUGAGUUCGCGCAAACUCGCCCACAACAACAACUGAAAUAUAUGCAGGGAAAGUCCAGCACUAUACGCCUCCUUCCCUUUCUCAUGUUUUGUUGUAAUAAACUGAAAUACUUCUCCCGAUGUUGAAACUUUUGGCUGCCUCAUCAGAUGGUUAUGUUUGAUGUAUUUUGUUGGUUGCAUUGCAGCUAGCCACACUUUGUACAGGGCAUUGUAAUAAUAUGUAAAACUCAAAUACAGUUUUUUUUUUCCUUCCUUAAACUCAAAUACAGUUUGUUUGAA